GCAGGCAGCCAGCAGCAGCGGUGGCUGACGGGUGCGUUUCAUCGCUGAGAAGCAGAAGCCGGCCGGCGGCACGCGGCAUUUUCCUCCCAGUCGUUGAGGAGACCGACUGAGCCCGGGUACUGCUCCCACUGUAACGCCAACCAGCAGCAGAGAUGCCUUCUGAUCUGGCCAAGAAGAAGGCAGCGAAGAAGAAGGAAGCGGCAAAGGCUCGUCAGCGUAAGCCGAAAGCUGCAGAAGAUGGGGAGGAAAACGGUGACCUUGGUACAGACGACGUGGGGAAUUCCGAAAGGCAGCAAAUCAAUGGAUGUUCUGGUUAUGAUGCAGGCCUGGCCCAGAUUAUCAAUGAGCUGGAUGAGUUUGAGCUGAAGAAAGCAGCAGCCCGGGCAGUCACAGGGGUGUUGGCCUCUCACCCCAACAGCACGGACGUUCACAUCAUCAAUCUAUCACUUACCUUCCACGGUCAGGAGCUACUAAGCGACACCAGGUUGGAGCUGAAUACUGGCCGGCGCUAUGGACUGAUUGGCCUCAAUGGCACAGGCAAAUCCAUGCUGCUGUCUGCUCUAGGUCACCGGGAGCUGCCGAUACCGGAUCCCAUCGACAUUUACCACCUUACACGGGAAAUGCCACCCAGUGACAAAACGCCACUGGAAUGUGUGGUCGAGGUUGACAAGGAGCGCAUCAUAUUAGAGAAAGAGGCGGAGCGACUGGCCCACGAAGACGCUGAAUGUGAGAAACUGUUGCAAAUCUACGAGCGUUUGGAGGAGUUGGAUGCGGCCAAGGCGGAAGUGCGUGCGUCACGGAUUCUGCACGGCCUCGGCUUUUCACCAGCCAUGCAGCGGAAGAAGAUGAAGGAUUUUAGCGGAGGCUGGAGAAUGAGAGUGGCACUUGCCAGGGCGUUGUUCAUCAAACCCUUCAUGCUGCUGUUGGAUGAGCCCACCAAUCAUCUGGAUCUAGAUGCCUGCGUGUGGCUGGAGGAGGAACUCAAAUUGUUUUCCAGGAUUCUCGUGCUGAUAUCUCAUUCUCAGGAUUUUCUGAAUGGAGUUUGCAACAAUAUCAUUCAUCUGAAUAACCGAAAGCUCAAGUAUUACACGGGUAACUACGACCAGUAUGUGAAGACCAGGCUGGAACUGGAAGAGAACCAGAUGAAACGAUUUAAUUGGGAACAAGAUCAAAUCACUCACAUGAAGAACUACAUUGCACGAUUUGGACAUGGCAGUGCCAAGCUGGCAAGGCAGGCCCAGAGCAAAGAGAAAACCCUACAGAAGAUGAUUGCGUCCGGGCUGACUGAGAAAGUAAUCAGUGACAAGACAUUGUCUUUCUGUUUCCCCUCGUGCGGGAAGAUUCCACCUCCUGUUAUUAUGGUGCAGAAUGUGAGCUUCAAGUACACCAACGAUGGGCCCUUGAUCUACAUGAACCUGGAGUUUGGUAUAGACUUAGAUACCCGUGUAGCCCUUGUUGGGCCCAACGGAGCCGGGAAGUCUACUCUACUUAAGCUGCUGGCAGGUGAUCUCUUGCCUUGUGAUGGGAUGAUCCGAAAACAUUCGCACGUCAAAAUUGGGCGAUACCAUCAGCACUUGCAAGAUCAGUUGGACCUGGACCUCUCCCCACUGGAUUACAUGAUGAAGUGUUACCCGGAAAUCAAAGAGAAGGAGGAGAUGCGGAAAAUCAUUGGGCGCUACGGGUUGUCGGGAAAACAGCAGGUGAGUCCGAUUCGCAACCUGUCGGAUGGCCAGAAGUGUCGGGUGUGCUUCGCCUGGCUGGCUUGGCAGUGUCCUCACAUGCUGUUUCUUGACGAGCCCACAAACCAUCUGGAUAUCGAGACGAUCGAUGCCCUGGCCGAUGCCAUCAAUGCGUUUGAGGGUGGCAUGAUGUUGGUCAGCCACGACUUUCGGCUCAUCCAGCAGGUUGCCCAGGAGAUCUGGGUGUGUGAGAAGCAGACGAUCAGGAAGUGGCAGGGUGGCAUCCUGUUCUACAAGGAGCAUCUGAAGACCAAGAUGUUGGGAGACAACUCUCAGAGCAGUCGGAAGACUCCCACUGCCUGACGUAUCGACUGCGCUUGGCUUCAACAUUAAGAAAAGUUCAAUAUAAAGUUACAGAUCAUCCUUUGAGCCCAGAGGACUUGACAGCAGUGUGGGUGUGGCUGAGCUAAAGCAUGCUAGACAAUUAAAAUCAAACGCAGAAAUCGUUGUUCAUCGGGUUACUGAUCCUUGAAGCUGUAGUUGUCAUCUGGUUAAGGUUGGGUGGGGAGGGCCGCAGAACAUUUUGUUUUUGCCUCCGGUGGAGAGUUGGCUGCUACAGUCCGUUCUCAUGCCAGGCACUCUCUGUCCUCACCCUUUAUCUCGCUGCAAGGCCACCUCCACCCUUGCAAAAUCAAACUUCUUCCUGGAGUUUGGGCCCAUACUUUAGGAAGUGCCCUGUCGUUGUCUUUCCCCACCCCCCCCCCCCCCCCCCCCCCCCCCAAACGGCCCGCAGUUUUUUUUUUGGGGGGGGGUGAGGUGGUUUGUUCAAUUCCUAAACCAUUCCCCUAAAUCAAGCGGGUGGGGCAAUUGGUCUGCAGAAAGACACCUCUGGGAGGUAGGGUAGGGAGGGGGACACUGAACAUCUGGCCCCAGCCUCCUGCUGAUUUCCAAGAAAAGCAGGAUUCCUUUGCAGUGAUAAUCCCUAACCACAGUCUUCUGCACAUUGACCUAUGCCUGCUUUGCUGAUCUUGCUGCUGUCAAGGUUGGUUGUAGGAUAUUACACAUUGCUGAAAGGAAUGGCUGCGUCCUGGUUUAGUUCGUGCAAUAGGUUUAGAUUCACACCCACUUUUUUUGCAGCUUCCCGCAAAGUAAAUUAACACCUGGUUACGAACUAAGCAUCCAAAGAUUAUGGCUGUAGCCAUUUCCAAUUAAAAUCUAUAUUGUUGUUUUACCCAUUUUUGUAAGAAUGCUUUAACAUGUUGCACUGGCACAGUACCUUGCCCUGCAGCCCAAGUCUCGGUCUCCUGGGAAGAAGUUUUAAGGGAGAGCCUCAAGUAUUAUUUAUUUGUGGGUUGUGCACUGUAGCCCUGGCCUGCAAGGCCAAUACUGAGUGGUCUGGUUUCUAUAUAACCCUUCGAUAGUCUACUUUAUAACCCUUAUAAAUCUUCCCUACAGAUCUAUUUAAAAUUAUUUCAUUUGUCUUUAGCACGGUGCAAUCUCUGCACUGUGUAGGUAUAAAUCUGGUGCAAGUUACGAAGAUUUGAUCAAUGUAGAAGGUUUGUAAAGUUAUAGGAUUCCUGGAAAUGGGCAGGGAGAGUUUGAUGAGAGUCUGAGGGUAUUAACUUUGUGAUGGUCCCUGUCCGUCUGAUUAUUUGACCAGUUCUUGCUUCUGCUGUGUCUGUACACUGCUGUCAGGUAUAAUCUUGUGGUCCCAUCAGUGGCUUCUCCCAUUCCCAGUGUUGCAGCUGUUUGCUGUGCUCCCUAUGCCAUCACUACCCAGUGAUGUUCCAGGCUGAGGAAUGCAUAGAUUUAGCACUCAAUGAGAAUUAGCACUCAAUGAUUUUUCAAAAAGGCUUCCAAGUAUAUAUCCCUGGUAUGCCCGAGAGCAACAUUGGAACCAAGGGGCCUUGCUCGUGAGGAACACAAAGCAGUACUGAAUUUAUACCUGUCAUUUCCAUUUUUUGAUGUUUCGUACCAGGUAGCUUCCUUUCCUAUCCAUUCCCUAAUGAGGAACAAUCUGAUCCAAUUUAAAGUUUGAUUAAGGCAUGUUAUUCAUGAUAUACUAGAUGUGGAUUUGGUUCAAAUAUACCAUUGUCCUGUUCUUAGAGUUUCCUAUGCUGUUUAAGGCCUGAAACCUUUCCUCACCUGAUUAUAUUUUGGUGAAGGGAUGGACUGGAGACAUCUCAUAUCUGGUGUUCUGUACCUAUUAAUUCUGCUUCCCUCCAUCGCUCUUUCCCUCCCCCUCCUUUCCGUCUCCCCCCUCCGCCCAAAUAAAAACAAAAAGACACAAACCUUUGGCAUAGGACCCUUGCACUCAAGAUUUGACUCCGCCCAGAGGGAAUGGAACAGCCAUUCUGGUUGAAUCUGCAUCUUGCCACCCACACCACUGACCUACCAGUACUGUACUUGUGUUAAUGACCAGUCUGUCCCCCUCCAGUAUUACACCCCAAACACUGCACGGUUUGAUGCUCUCUCCAGCUAGCGUCGGUUUCCUGAUGGUCACUUCUCACGUGAAGUGGACAUCGGUAUUGUCAGCAUUCCUUGUGGGCCCUGCGAUAUCUCUGCAGUAACAAUUCCAGUAUCUUGUUUUUAAAAUGUAUUGAAUAUCUGAAAACAUGAAGUAAAAAGCAUUUGGUUAUCUGGAGACAGCGAUUGCAGAUUGUCCACUUCCAACAUUGUAUUUUGGGGGGAAAUAAAGUUUACUGGAGAAUG